AUGUCUUGUAAGCACUGCAGAAACACCAUUUCGUUCCCAAUCGAGUACAAUAACAUUUUGAAGUAAGUUAUUCCAGGAAGACCUCUCCGCUUCAUUUCAGUGAAAGAAGCACGCGAAUUCUAAUUGGACUCGCCUGCGCAAUUCCCUGUUUCACUUCAAUUCACAUCCAUUUGGCAAGUGAGGCCCUAAUCUGGUUCUAUUGAAUCAAACAUCGAAUGCACUUUUCAGACAACUGUCUACUCCUCUACGUCGUUUUUGGCUCGUACUUCCUAGUGAACAGACGUGUGAAGGACUUUGGAGUUGUAGUGGAUGUCAGAACAAUCACCAGGAUCAGAGUCAUGGCUCCCGGUAUCUCAACAGAAACGCCAGCGCAAGGCCAUGCACUGAAAGAGUAG